AUGAAAGAGAAGAGCAAUCAUUCUAAGGCUUGGUCUGAAUCAACUUCAUACAACGUUUACAAGAGGAGUAGUACGAAUAAGCAACAACAGCCGAAUCGUGAUGGCCCCAACCAUAUGAAUAUUUCUUCUUUUAAUAUCAUCAAUGGAGAGUGCAAUGCUCAACCCUGCAGAUUGUUUGAUAGGCAUCAAGAACAGAUUACCAAAGACUAUCUUCCAACUUUCAUUAGGGAUCUGAAUGCUUAUAUGCAAGCAAACUCUAUCAAUUACCAACUCAAUUGUCCUCAACAACAACAACAACAGCCUCAACAGCCUCAACAACAACAACCAUCAUUACCUCAACAAAUACCCAUUCAUCCAAUAGAUAAUUCAUCACUACCUGCUUCUCCAUCAUCAUCACCAGCAUCAACACCAUCAUCAUCAAUAUCAAAUGGAGAAUUAGGAGGACUGGACAUUAUGCAUGACGAUGAAUUAUUAGAUAAUCUUGAUUUCAUGGAAGUUUGGAGAGAGAAUUCACUGAAAACACUAAGAAAGCAACUAACAAAGAAAAAGGAUUGCUCUAUUGGCAAUAAUAACCAGCUAUCCGAUCUAUUGUUCGAUUUAUUAUCAUUCUAUACCGAUUCCAACAUUUCAAAGGUUAACAUGAGACGAAUAGUUGAUCUCUUUAACAAGUACUCGGCGAUUGGAAAAAAGAUUCCAACCCUAGAUACUCUCAUCAGUAGAAUUCACAAUGUCAACAAUGAGUAUGAAAAGGUGUUUUAUUGUUCAAAGCAUUUGACAAUUAUUAAAGGUGAAACUCUGAAGGCUUGUUCCUGCGAGCAGUGUAGUGUUGAGGGUGUAUUGAACAAGGAGAAUAUUCAACACUUUUGGACUAAAAGUAUUGCCUCGUGCAUAUCGAAUAUGGUUGAUAGGGUAGGCUUGAGAAGAUUCCAAUCACACCUAUCUGCAGCUACUGAUACGAACAUUCCUACAGUGGGCCAGAAACAUUUCAUUAAGGACUGUGUUGAUGGGGUCGAGUAUAAGAGAAUUACAGACAAGUGGGUCAUUCGAGAUGAUCCCAACACUAUUUGCCUCACCAUUAGUGCUGGCACUGAUGGUGGCUCUGUCAACAAGUCCAACUCUAAAUCCAUCAAUCCUCUCUUCUUUUGGAUAAAUGAGAUUGGAUUGAAACACAGAUUUUCCUAUCCAUUGACUUCAUUGGCAGCAUAUGCAAACCACAAAAUACCCUAUCAAAUACUCUUGUCCAAAUUUAUAGAUGAACUCAAUGAAUUGGACAAGGGUUUGACUAUUGUUACCAAGGGAGGAUGUAAAUUCUUUCUAAAAGUAUCUCCACGAAAUGGUGGGUACGUUCAUCAUCCUCAUCCUCCAUCAACAGUGAAACAUUCAGCUGCUGAUGGAAUGAAUGCAUCUCCCAACAAGGGAGAGAAAAAGACAUUUUCUGAAACAAUGAGUGACAACUCUUCACAGCCCAACACUAGUGCUGUUGAACCAUUGUGGCUGUAUGGAUAUGCAUACUUUUCAUUGGAUAAAACUAUAUGGGGAUUGUUAUUGGAUUUGGAGAAAAAGUUUGAUGCUGGUCAAAUUGACAAGAUUCAAUCACUUCCUUCACCUUCAUCCUCUCUUAAUAGUGGUACUUUCACUUUUCAACCUCCAAAACCAAGUGUGAGGAUAAAACAAUUGAAACCAACAAAUAUUGAGCUUCUGAAUCAAUCAUUUAUGGAUUAUUCUAAUGCCAACUUUAAAGAGUGUUUGAAGAAUAUUCAAAUUUUGAUAGAACGAAAGAUUUCCAUGUUUACCGACACAACAGAGGACAGAUAUGAACUGAAUUUAUCUUUAUCUCUAUUUUCAAUUAUCAUUCUGAAUUAUUCAACUGUUUUGUCAACUCAAUACCAGAGCUUUCACAACAGCAUGGAACUAUUGAAAGUUGGAGAAAUGAUGCUGAAACACUUCAAGAGCGACCAAUUGAAAGAUUAUUUCACAUCUCUAUUCAGCAGUGCCAUGUGUAAUUAUUACAAAAAAAGAAAAAAAUAUAACAUGAUGUACAAAUAUUCCAAACAAGCCUAUGAAAUGUACAGUCAAACAGGAACAAGCAUUUAUGCUCAAUAUAUUUUGCAAACGUAUGCCACUAGUUGUCUCUUUCGCAAGAAGUAUGAGGAAGCAAUUGAGUGCUUUGAAAAUAACAUUUUUUUGUACAAAAACCAAAUUCCAAGCACUUCUGUACAAACAAGCUUGCUAGAUUAUUUCAAUAGAAUUUUGACAUUCAUUUGCGACAAUGAGUAUUUCAUAAUUAUUAAUAAGUGCUUUAAUACCUUCAAUUAUGGUGUGGCACUAUUUGAGACGAAACAGAUGGUUCCUAGUCGAUACUACCUCUUUCAAGCUAUUGAUAUAAUGAAUCACCACCUCAGUUCCCACCACGAUAUAAUUAUAGAGAAACGAUGGCUCAAGUCCAUGAUUAAGGUGUAUAGAAUUGUGACCUCUAUUUGUGAAAACCAACCAUACAAUGAUUGCAACAUUUCCAUGCAUGCAAUUUUUAAUAAGGGAAAACCAAUGGUGGAUCCACUCGAGCCAGCAUUUAAAAACGAAAGGUACUAUAUUACCACACUGAACAAGGCAAUACACUAUGUCAUUCUAGAAAAUGAAAGACAAGAAGUUAUGGCAAGAGCAGAGAUUGACGCCGAGGAAUAUAGGAGAGUGAAGAAACUGGUUAGCAUACUCCCCCUUUUGAAAGUGGAUCCAUAUUUUGGUAAAAUUAUGAGCAUUGAAAAAUCAGUUAAGGAGAAGAAACAAACCAUUCCACAGGCCAUGUCCUUUGCUAAGAAAGCACUCAAAUCUUCGAAAAUAUUUCUCACUCCUCUAAAAAGACCUGAAGAAACAACAUUGGAUGAAAAUUAUUGGAUUUAUUUUCACUCCAUUAUCAAUGGUGGAUCAUUUUAUGAUGAGUGGAUUUCAUAUAUGUUACAAUAUAUCAAUAAUGGUCCUUGUAGUUCUGUAUUUAUAUUUAUAUGGACCUGUGAAGGAAUUUCAACAAUUAUUCGAAAAGAGAGAUUCAAAAGAUUUGACAACCAUUGUGACUGCAUUCGAUUCAACAGGAUCUGA